AUGGACAAACUUCCGGUAGAGAUCCUAACGAAGAUCAUCGACUAUCUCAACCCUCGAGACCAGGUCAAACUGCAACUUGUGUCACGUAAAUUCUUCGAGUUAUCGCGAGACAAUCUUCUCUGGAGACUGCACUGCUAUGAGAGCUCGGGCAAAGCGAACCGUAAUGGAUUCACGCCAGGCCAUUCCUCUAGCACCCAGCCGUUGUCGUCGACAUCGCCCUUGAGCACCCUUGGACCCCAUACGCUUGGCACAUUGAUACAACCGCAUCCUCAGUCUGUUUCCAAACUAAAUGAUAGCAAUGACUAUGCUGCUGUACCAUCCAUUGGACAGAGAAGCCGAGCCGCUGCCGAAUGGGAUCCUUCAUACAAGACGGAAGACCCGGAUUGGUAUUCGGAAUAUAUAGCUCGAAAUGGGCCUGUUUCUUUCAGUUGGAUGCAACGACCCAUUACUGGUGGCCCUAAUCGUUCGAUGAGAGAUGCCAUGGGAAUGGGUCUGCUUAGAGACUGGAGCUUUGCGCGAGAAGACCGAGUAAUCGCUCCUCUGGAUGACGGGACUGUUUGCAUAUGGGAUAUGAACUACUCUCAUUCGAGUUCUGCAAACUCGUUAAAAGGCAGAAUUACCGGGAUGAGCAAGCCCGGUGUUCUAGUGACAAAUAUGUCCAAGCGAAGCGACAAGACACCUCCCCGCAGUCCUCCACUGGAGUUUCUGAAUGUGGGCGAGUGCGUGACUGUAGAUUCGAUGCGGAGACGGGCGUAUAUCGCAGUUGGGAAUAUCCUCAACGAAGUGGACUUGGAAACUCUACGCGUUGUACAUCAACAAAGAUAUGCUUGGUCGAUAUUUGCGUUGUCGCAGGAAACAGAUUACUCGGUUCCGCUUACAUUAGCUACGACUUUGAGCCUCCAGAUUUAUGAUGCGCGUCUGUCUUCGCCGGAAGAAGAAGCAGAGAUCAGUCUCCGGUGUGAAAGGACGCCAGGGCAAUAUAUACCAAAGUCCGAUCUUUAUAGCCAUCUUGAUUGUCAAGUGUUGCAGUUACUUCCGAACGGACAACCACCUCAGCGCAUUCGGAGCCCCGGCCCGCAUCAGAAAGGCGCGGAUUACGCACCAUUAUUCCAGCCUGGACCCUUGUCAAUCUUACACCCGCCCACUCCGCAUGUUAAUACUAUCCUUCUGGCAGGAAGGUUUCCCAGUAUUUUAUGUUACGACCGACGUACAUUUCCCAGAUUACAGACUGCCAUUCACUCCGGAGGUCGGUUAGAUGGACUAGCAUCGAUUCCAGCUCCAAGCUUUCCUGUUUGUUCGGACUCCAACUGGCAAGGCAAGCAUACAAUUGUGGCAUGUGGCGAGUACAAUGGAAGAGGGUCAUUGGAGCUAUACGAUCUGAACUUUCACGGAUCCGACCCUCAACACGAAGACAGCGAGUCACAAAUGCAAUCGGCGCGGUAUCAAAAUCGACAAAGCGCGGCAAGCUCUAAAUUGUUAUCUGUCGCAUCGCACGGCGCCCGUAUAGUCUUCUCAGAUUCAAACGGCAAUGUCAAAUGGGUGGAACGUGAUGGACGAACUCAGGUCCGAUAUUGGAACAUCAACACAAGCAGACGACAGUCCAGAAUAGCUUCUCCAGGAGACGUCGACGAAUCGAAUCAAGUACGCGGGUUAUUCUUCACUUCAGAUACUGGUAUGAGGAACGACGUCGUUCGGAAAAUUCUCCCUACAGAUGCCAACUUGAAUGGGGAUGAACUUCUACUAUGGACGGGAGAUCGCAUCGGACGUUUACGAUUCUCGACUGAUUUGGAUGAAGAUACAGACGACGAGAUGAAUGAUCAGAUGUCCCUUGAUGGCGAGGAAGUAGAUUUUACUGAAAGACAAGCUCGUCGAGAGUCACGGGUGCUCGAGAAACGUCGCGAGCAGGAAUAUGCUCAACGUAUACGCAGGGCACUGGAAAGACAGGCGGAUGAGGUGAGGUGGAUGGGGCGCUUUGGAAUGUCAUGA